AUGGAAAAGGGAAAUCACUCAGAGGCGACUGAGUUCAUUCUCUCAGGACUGACAGAUUGUCCGGAGCUGAAGGUUCCCCUGUUUGUGGUGUUCCUACUGAUUUAUGGAAUCACCCUGGUGGGGAAUGGGGGGAUGAUCUUGUUAAUCAUGAUUGAUCCCCGACUCCACACCCCCAUGUACUUUUUCCUCAGUAAUUUGUCUUUUUGUGACCUCUGCUUUUCCUCGAUGAUUUCCCCUAAGAUGCUAUUGAAUUUCUUAGCCGAGAAGAAAAGCAUUUCUUACACUGCCUGCACUGUGCAAAUGUAUCUCUUUGUCUCUUUUGCAGAUGUUGAGUGCCUGUUGCUGGCUGUGAUGGCAUAUGACCGUUAUGUGGCCAUCUGUAAGCCACUGCUCUACACGUUCACCAUGUCCAGGCAGCUUUGUAAAGGGCUGGUGGCUGGGGUAUACGCUGUGGGCGUGGUAGAUUCAAUGAUACACACGUUUUGUACACUUCGUUUGUCAUUCUGCAGCUCCAACAUCAUCAAUCAUUUCUUCUGUGAUAUCCCCCAAUUGCUGGUGCUUUCCUGCUCGGACACCCGCAUCAAUGAGAUUGUGAUGUUUGCCUUCAUUGGCUGUAUUGUAGUGAGCAGCUUUGUGACUGUCCUCCUCUCCUAUGUCUAUAUCAUCUCCACC